UGAAUGCUGCUGUCUCUCUGAAGGAAGGAGCAGUUACAUCACUGAGACAACAAUGAAGUCCAUUGCCUGUAUCUCUUCGUCUGUCAUAGCGGCGUGUCAGCACACCUCCACAUGUUUCCCUGUGCAUCGUGCUCUGAUCCGUUGUAGUUCAGUGGGGAGAUGCACUAAUGUGGAUUUUGUCAGCAGAACUGUAGUUGCACAACAGCCGUGCGGAACGGGUGUGCGUCCUUUCCACAGUAUGUACGUAAACGGGGCAGUGGUCCAGCAGGUGAGUGCAAUCCCCCUCCCCACCCCGCUGCUUCUACCUGAGAAAAGAGACGAUGAGCUGACUGUGCGUCGGGCUGUCAGACGCGUGCCACCUAAAACAGCAUCAGGAUCAGCUCCACACCUCUCUCCAUACAGCCCAUACACCACAUCACAGGGCGAUGCGACUGCUCCAGUCAAUAUCCAGUCUCUGUUUGAAGGGGAUGUGAUUCCUGAGCUGUGCUCCAGGCUGGCAGGCUUCCCCAGCAAUGACCGGGCAGAGGGACUGGCCACUUUACUUGGAGCAUGUGUUGAAUUUGGCUUGGAAGCCCACAGCCCUCUAGUGCUCAGACUGAUGAAAGAGUGCCUGGAGCUCCUCUCCAAAAAGGACAUCAGCGUGGCACAGCUCUGCCACCUGGGUGAGGUGGCACAUGCCCUGGAAGGCCGCCAGUCAGCGAUGGUGACAGAGGUCCUGGACUCCAUAGGUGCUGCUGUAGAAGAGGAUGUUGUCUCACCCGGCGAGGCUGUCAGAGUCUACUCCCUGCUGACUCUGUGUUACAAUCCUGCCAGCCAGCAGCAGGUACUCAUGCUGUCCACUUUGCACAGACACACGCAGAGGCUGGUCCACCGCCUGAAAGCCGGCCAAGUCAGCUCUAUUCUGGAGUCCCUGCUGAAGCUACAGCAGAGACAGGCCAUCUCCCUGGUGCUGAGGCUGAGUCACAGAGCAUCACGGGUCUUUAAAUCUUUCAGUGACGAUGAAAUAACGAAGGUGCUCUCUGCUCUGAUGAUCCUGGGGCAGCAUCAUGAAGAGCUGCUGGCUGCUAUGGAGAAGCACCUGCCAGGGAGGCUGGGAGAGUGUGAUCCAGAGCUGAUCAGUACUGUUAUGGAGUACUGUCUGCUGAUGAGGUGCCGCUCCGAGCCCAUCUUUGAGGCCGUGGCUGAGAACUUUGUGUGCCAUGCUGAGAGGCACACUACCCUUCAGAUAGCCAAACAGAUCGUUGCCAUGGGGAGACUCAACUACCUGCCACAGUGCUCAGGUCAGAUGUUUAAGAAGCUCGAGAGCAUCUUAACAACAAGGUUUUCCCAGUUCCAGCCUCGCUCCCUGAUAGAGGUGCUGCACGCCUGCAUCCACCUGGAACGCUUUCCACUCAACUACAUGUCCAAAGUCUUCAGUCCGUUUUUCCUGCAGACGCUGCAGGCACAGGGGGAGCCCUUGGACAAGAAUGCACUGGGACAACUGACACAGCUCCAUCUCUCCACCUCAUUAGAAUGUAAACAUUACUGGGGGCCCAGACUGCCGUACUUCCUCCAUGUGAAGAAGUUCUCCUCUGUGGACCAGGCCUUUGAGACACCUAUGGACAGUCUCCUGUACAAACGUGUUACAGGGCCACUCACACAGCUGCUGGGGGGAAAGUUUUACUCUACCAGAAUCUUCACUCCCAGUGGAUACUCUAUAGAUGUGGAGAUAUCGCUGGAUGAGGAGGGAUAUGUUCUGCCUCUUUCUCAGUGGGAACAGACAUACAGGAGGAUGGCGCUGUGUUUAGAUGGUCAAACACGUUUCUGCAGCAACACGCAACACCUGCUGGGGAAGGAAGCCACAAAGAGGAGACACCUCCGCAGGAUGGGCUACGAGGUGGUGCAGAUCCCUUUCUUUGAAUUUGACAAGCUGAGAACUCAGAAGGAACAGGUCGAAUAUCUUCACAGCAAGAUCUUUCCCACCAUCUUCAAGUUCAACCACUGAUCUCAGUCACCUCGUGAGUUCAAACAGAGGUUCCUCAGUUUUAUGUUACUGCACAAAUCAACCAUCCUUGCAAUGAAUAGGAUGGAAAAACUAUGAAGAAGAGCAAAGAGAGGUGUCCAGAGAAAAAAUGCUAAUAUAAGUGCCCAAUAAUCACGGCAUAAUUUAACUGAACUGAAAAUAGUAAUCUUUUAUUUUAAUUUUGCUUGUCCCCAUGUGCCCUUAGUUUUUUUUUGUUGUCAUUUUAUGAAACAACCUGCCUUGUUUUCAGCAUCAAAGUAAAAAUAUUUCAAUGAAUAGUUUUAGAGGGAUAUUUUUAAGAACAAGGCAUCUGAUAUCAAAGUCAUCUAUUAAGUGAAAGGAGAGGUUGGAUAUGCAUAAUGCUCCUUUUAAGAUAAAAAAAAAAAAGAAAGAUGAGGUUGACUAAAAUCACAUCCCAGCUUGUACAUAGGGGGAGCAUUAGCAACUGGAAUACUACCUCUCUAGCAAUGUGAGUUACUACACAUCUUAUAUUUGCACCAUAUGACCUUAAUGUUGCUGUAGCUUUACUACUUAUUAGAGUGAGCAAAACUUUUGGAAAAUAAUUCUGGCCUAUUCCUAUUGUCGUGUUAAUUUAUUGUGUUGUUAAAUGGACAUGAUAGUGACUAUUUAUGCAGUUAAUUUGAAUACAGUGAAAUAUAUGAAAAUAUUGUGACUGUGUCACUGCUUCAACUUCUGUUCUCAGCCUUGUACUGUUUCUUUGGGGUAGAAAAAAUAAUAUGACCCAAUUUACUGGACAAGUUGAAAUUCAACAUGACAUGUACAUGAUAUAUAGAAAUGUGUGACAUGAA